AUGGACAACACAUCUAAUACCACUGCUAAUCCUUUGCCCACUGCUACAAUAAUAUCAUAUAAUAAGAAAAAUGAUAAAAGUGUUAUGAAUGAGGAAGAGUUAAAAAAUCACGAACAUAAUAAUAAUAAACGGAAAUUGGAUAGGAGAAGAUUGAAAGAGUAUUAUAACAAGUUGCAAACAACAGAAGAACAACAACAGCAGCAGCAGAAUAAGAAAGAUAUUCUAUCCUACAUCCAAUUGUAUAAUGAUUUGAAAAGUAAUAAAGUUAAAAAUAAUAAUUUAAUCAAAACAACCAUAUAUGAAAACUAUUACGAUUUAAUAAAAAUAAAUGAUUUAUUGCAGGAACACUCUUCUGUGUCUUCAUCUAAUAGGUUUAAUGAACUAAAGGAUAAGCUAAGCGAAUUGAAGUGUUUUAGUGAAGAGGGAAAAUAA